AUGGACUCGACGCUGCGGUUCCAGGCCUGCAACGACUACGGGCCCAACGAGUCGGUGCUGAGCUACACGGGCAGCCUCGGGACGCAGACGCUGUCGCAGUGGGCGACGCCGGCGGCGCCGACCAUCGGGCGGCGCAUGUCGUCGACGGACGGCCUCUUCAACAAGCAGACGCUCCACUUCCCCGGACCUGGCACCUACGACCUGCCGAGCCCCGACGCGAUCUCGUCGCGGCCCUGCAGCCCGCAGCACAGCUUCAUCUCCGAGCGGAACACGCCGAACCGGCGGGGCCGCCCCCUCCACGCGGCCCACACCGCGCGGUCGCCGGGCUCGACGCCCGGCCCGUCCUCCUACCGCCUCACGAAGGCGAACGUCGAGUCCGAGCCGCGCUGGUCCUUCCCGAAGCAGCGCAUGCCGGACAUCUACGACCGGCCCAAGUGGAAGUCGAACAUGCCCCACAGCCACGAGCGCGUCGUCACGCACACGUCCAAGCACCGCGCGCCGCGCACGGUCUUCCCCACGACGAAGCGCAUGGUCGAGCCCCGGGUCUGGAGCCAGGCGUCGGCGACCGCGCUCGUCUGGUGA